AUGUAAAAUUUUCAAGAGGAAACUCUAGUUCGCUCUCUCAUUUCCAAUAUCUGCAGACCUAUAGUUGAAAAAAUUGAAAAUAUUCAGAAGGAAGUCGAAUGCAUCCAGUUUUCCAUACAUCAGCACGACAGAAAGAUAGAUAUUUUGUCAGAUAAAUCAGAUCAAUUAGCAUAUGACAUGUAGUGCACUCCCAUUUAUAGUAGCAAACUCAAUAACGAUGCAAUUAGCAAUCUCAGAAUGAAUAUCCAAGAUGAUGAACAAAAAGUGUUUGAUCUGGAAAGGCAUUUCAACUUGGAGUUCAAUAAAACCAGAUUGGAAUAGGGGGCUAUAAAAUUGGAAUAAGAAAACCAAAAGAAGGAAAUCAAAAUCUUAGGAGAUAUACAACAGAGCUUAACUGAGAGAGUUGAAAUUUACAAUAACUAUCUAAGUCAGAAGUUGUAUCAACAAGAAUUUUCAAUUAACAAUGUUGACACUUCCAAUUCGAAAGUAGUCAAGCAGUUAACAGAAACUAAUCUCAAAAAUCAAGAAGAAAUAUCCUCUCUAAACACAUAAACAAAAGAUCUCUUAUCCAAAAUUUAGUACAAUGAAUAAGAGAUCCUUAAAAUUUAAUGUAGCAAAUAAUGGAUGCAAGAUAUGAUCGUAGAAUUAAGAUAAAAAUCCUAAUUCUUUUUGACUAUCGAUCAAAUAGAUGUGGUCUAGCAGUCAUAAACACCCAUAAGAAUACAACAUAUUAAUAAUACUUCAACUAUCUAAAAUUAAGUUGAUUUAGAAAAGAUUUAAGAAAUUAUUGAUGAUAAGUUUCUAGAACUAACAAAUGUGAUUAAUGCUUAAAUUCAAUAAUAAUAAUAAUAAUCUCAAGAAUAACUUAAAAGUUAAUUAGAUGAAUUCAAAAUAACAUUAGUUAAACUUAAAAAUGAAAGUGCUAAAAAUAGUUAAUCUAUCAAUUCCUAUUUAAAGGAUUCAAAUGAAAAAAUAUAAAAUGCCAUAAAUGUUGCCUAAGAUUCAAAAAUAAAGUCAAAAUAGCAAAUCAACCAACUCGAUGAAUUAAUCUAAAAACAACUCCAAAAAAUUACUUAAGAUAUUUAAACUAUCUAAAUCAAUAUAACUGGACUGGAUCUUAGAAUGGCUGAAACACAUAUUAAAGUAGUUAAUGUAUAAGAAAAACAACAUGAAAUUCAAGUGCAUCAAACAUCAUUUUCAUAUUUGAACAAUCAAAAUGAAGUUCUAAAUUUUAUGCCCAUGAAACAAGAUUCAUUGUGUUCUGAUUCCUUUCUAAACAACAAUGUUGCUACCUAAAAAAUGACGAAAACAGAGGAAACUAUUUAAGCUUAACUUGCAUAAUAAGUUUAAAUGAAAAAAAAAGUAGAAAUCUAAAUUUAGGACACAGAAUAAAUGCCAAUAAUUAUGUAAAAUUUAGAUGAAUAGGACAUUUAUAUAAAGAACUUACCCAAAAUUCAAAAUGAUAUUAUUAAACUUAAAUCAGACUUUUUUAAUGAAUAACAAUACAAUUAGAAUCAAAUGACUAAAUUAUUGAAAUCAAAAUCAAUCACUGAUUAAUCAAUCAAGGAUAUCGAUUAAUAAUUAAGAUAGUUUAAUUAAUAUUUCAAUGUGAUUUUCUCAUUGAUUUUACAUAAUGAAUUAAUAGGAACAGAUAAUCAAGCAAAAGUCAUAGGAAAUGGAUUUAAAUUUGAAUUCAUACCAUUUCAAUAAGACGAAAAAACAAUCAUGACUUAUUAAAACAACAAGAUUGCUAAGGUGGACCUACUUAUGAAAACUAUCACCAGUAGCCAUUCCAUUAUUAAAAAACAAAGAUAAAACACAUUCGAUUUCUAGUAGGAUAAUAAAAAGAGGCUUGAAACUGAGACAAGUCGAGAAUUAAAAACUAUGUAUAGCAACAAGAAGUAUAGAUUAUGGGAUGACAAAUAAAUCACUUAGACUGAGAGACUCAAUUUAUCUGUGGAUGCUACUGCAUAUUAACAAUUACCAAAGUAGAAAGUAAAGAGGGUUCUAGUAAAGUAUAAGAGAUUAUUAAGUUGA